GCCAUGGUGGACCCGGUGGGCUUCGCCGAGGCGUGGAAGGCGCAGUUCCCGGACUCGGAGCCGCCGCGCAUGGAGCUGCGCUCUGUCGGCGACAUCGAGCAGGAGCUGGAGCGCUGCAAGGCCUCCAUCCGGCGCCUGGAGCAGGAGGUGAACCAGGAGCGCUUCCGCAUGAUUUACCUGCAGACUCUGCUGGCCAAGGAGAAGAAGAGCUACGACCGGCAGCGCUGGGGCUUCCGGCGCGCCGCACAGCCCCCCGACGGCGCGGCCGAGCCCCGCGCGCAGCGCGCGCAGCCCGCGCCCGCCGAGGGCGCCGACCUGCCGGCCGCCGACGAGCCCGAGGCCCGGCCCGACGGCGAGGGCUCCCCGGGCAAGGCCAGGCCCGCGGCCGCGCGCAGGCCCGGGCCCGCAGCCGCCGCGGAGCGAGACGACCGCGGGCCCCCCACCAGCGUGGCGGCGCUGCGCUCCAACUUCGAGAGGAUCCGCAAGGGCCCCGGCCAGCCGGCGGCGGCGGCGGCGGCGGCGGCGGCGGACGCCGAGAAGCCCUUCUACGUGAACGUCGAGUUCCACCACGAGCGUGGCCUGGUGAAGGUCAACGACAAAGACGUGUCAGACCGCAUCAGCUCCCUGGGCAGCCAGGCCAUGCAGAUGGAGCGCAAGAAGUCGCAGCAGCAGGGCGCCGGCCCGGGCCCCGCAGACACCCCCAGGCCUUCGUAUCGCGGGCGCGCCUCCGAGGGCAGCGGCUGCGGUGGCCUCGACGGCGACUAUGAGGACGUCGAGCUGAACCCGCGCUUCCUUAAGGACAACCUGAUAAACGCCAACGGCAGCGGCAGGCCCCCCUGGCCGCCCCUGGAGUACCAGCCCUACCAGAGCAUCUACGUCGGGGGCAUGAUGGUGGAAGGGGAAGCCAAGGGCUCGCUGCAGCGCAGCCAGAGCACCUCGGAGCAGGAGAAGCGCCUCACCUGGCCGCGGAGGUCCUAUUCCCCGCGGAGCUUCGAGGAUAGCGGGGGCGGGUACACGCCGGACUGCAGCUCCAACGAGAACCUCACGUCCAGCGAGGAGGACUUCUCCUCCGGCCAGUCCAGCCGCGUGUCCCCGAGCCCCACCACCUUCCGGUCCUUCCGGGACAAGAGCCGCUCGCCCUCGCAGAACUCCCAGCAGUCCUUCGACAGCAGCAGCCCCCCGACGCCCCAGUGCCAGAAGCGGCACCGCCAGGGGCCCGUCGUGGUGUCCGAGGCCACCAUCGUGGGCGUCCGCAAGACGGGGCAGAUCUGGCCUAGCGAUGGGGACAGCUUGUCCAGCAAGCUGCCUCAGGAUGGCGCCUUCCACGCAGACACAGAUGCAUUGUUCGGGACCCCGCCGGGGUUCGGUUGUGCCUCGGAUCGGGCAGAGGAGCCGCGCCGGCCCCAGGACGGGCUGCCCUACAUCGACGACUCGCCCGCCUCCUCACCCCACCUUGGCAGCAAGGCCCGGGGCGGCCGGGACGUGGCGGAGCCCAGCAGAGCGAGUGAGUUGGACUUGGAAAAGGGCUCAGAGAUGAGAAAAUGGGUCCUGUCUGGCAUCCUGGCUAGCGAGGAGACUUACCUGAGCCACUUGGAGGCGCUGCUGCUGCCCAUGAAGCCUUUGAAGGCGGCUGCCACCACCUCUCAGCCGGUGCUGACGAGCCAGCAGGUCGAGACCAUCUUCUUCAAGGUGCCUGAGCUCCACGAGAUCCACAAGGGCUUCUACGACGGGCUCCUGCCCCGCGUGCAGCAGUGGGGCCCCCAGCAGCGCGUGGGCGACCUCUUCCAGAAGCUGGCCAGCCAGCUGGGUGUGUACCGGGCCUUUGUGGACAACUAUGAAGUUGCCGUGGAAACAGCUGAGAAGUGUUGCCAGGCCAACGCUCAGUUUGCAGAAAUCUCUGAGAACCUGCGAGCCAGGAGCAACAAGGAGGCCAAGGACCAGACGACCAAGAACUCUCUGGAAACCCUGCUGUACAAGCCCGUGGACCGGGUCACCCGGAGCACGCUGGUCCUGCACGACUUGCUGAAACACACGCCCCCCGGCCACCCUGACCACCCGCUGCUGCAGGACGCCCUCCGCAUCUCGCAGAACUUCCUGUCCAGCAUCAACGAGGAGAUCACGCCCCGCCGGCAGUCCAUGACCGUGAAGAAGGGAGAGCACCGGCAGCUGCUCAAGGACAGCUUCAUGGUGGAGCUGGUGGAGGGGGCCCGCAAGCUGCGGCACGUCUUCCUCUUCACUGACCUGCUGCUCUGCACCAAGCUCAAGAAGCAGAGCGGGGGCAAAACCCAGCAGUACGACUGCAAGUGGUAUAUCCCGCUCACGGACCUGAGCUUCCAGACGGUGGACGAGUCGGAGGCCGCGCCCAGCAUCCCCCUGGUGCUGGACGAGGAGCUGGACGCCAUGAAGAUCAAGAUCUCCCAGAUUAAGAGUGACAUCCAGAGAGAGAAGAGAGCGAACAAGGGCAGCAAGGCCAUCGAGAGGCUGAGGAAGAAGCUCUCGGAGCAGGAGUCGCUGCUGCUCCUCAUGUCCCCGAAUAUGGCCUUCCGCGUGCACAGCCGCAACGGGAAGAGUUACACCUUCCUGGUCUCCUCCGACUACGAGCGGGCCGAGUGGAGAGAGAGCGUCCGGGAGCAGCAGAAGAAGUGUUUCAAGAGCUUCUCGCUGACGUCCGUGGAGCUGCAGAUGCUGACGAACUCGUGUGUCAAACUGCAGACCGUCCACAGCAUCCCGCUGACCAUCAACAAGGAAGAUGACGAAUCUCCUGGGCUCUACGGGUUCCUGAAUGUCAUCGUCCACUCUGCCACCGGCUUUAAGCAGAGUUCAAGUCUGUACUGCACCCUGGAGGUGGAUUCCUUCGGCUACUUUGUAAAUAAAGCCAAGACGCGCGUCUACAGGGACACGGCCGAGCCCAACUGGAACGAGGAGUUUGAGAUCGAGCUGGAGGGCUCACAGACCCUGAGGGUCCUGUGCUAUGAGAAGUGUUACCACAAGACUAAGCUCACCAAGGAGGACGGCGGGGAGAACGCAGACCGGAUCGUGGGCAAGGGCCAGGCGCAGCUGGACCCUCAGACCCUGCAGGACAGAGACUGGCAGCGGACCGUCAUCGCCAUGAACGGGAUUGAAGUGAAGCUGUCAAUCAAGUUCACCAGCAGGGAGUUCAGCUUGAAGAGGAUGCCUUCCCGAAAACAGACGGGCGUCUUCGGAGUCAAGAUCGCCGUGGUCACCAAGAGGGAGCGGUCCAAGGUGCCGUACAUCGUGCGCCAGUGCGUCGAGGAGAUCGAGCGCCGGGGCAUGGAGGAGGUGGGCAUCUACCGCGUGUCCGGAGUGGCCACGGACAUCCAGGCCCUGAAGGCAGCCUUUGACGUCAACAACAAGGACGUGUCGGUGAUGAUGAGCGAGAUGGACGUGAACGCCAUUGCCGGGACGCUGAAGCUCUACUUCCGCGAGCUGCCCGAGCCCCUCUUCACCGACGAGUUCUACCCCAACUUUGCCGAGGGCAUUGCCCUCUCAGACCCCGUGGCGAAGGAGAGCUGCAUGCUCAGCCUGCUGCGGUCGCUCCCGGAGGCCAACCUGCUCACCUUCCUCUUCCUCCUGGACCACCUGAAAAGGGUGGCGGAAAAGGAGACAGUGAAUAAGAUGUCCCUGCACAACCUCGCCACGGUGUUCGGCCCCACGCUGCUCCGGCCCUCGGAGAAGGAGAGCAAGCCGCCCGCCAACCCCAGCCAGGCCAUCUCCAUGACUGACAGCUGGUCCCUGGAGGUCAUGUCCCAGGUCCAGGUGCUGCUGUACUUCCUGCAGCUGGAGGCCAUCCCCUCCCCGGACAGCAGGAGGCGGAGCGUCCUCUUCUCCACCGAAGUCUAGAGGCCCCGGCCCGCCCCGAGAGAGCGGGGACACGGGCCCUCCAGCCGCAGAGC